UAAGCACUUCUUAUGCAUGCGGGACUUUGGGACUAUUCAUAUUUUUUCCUCUCUACAAAAGACGAGAAGUAUUUUUUUCAACCUUUCUACCUGAAUUCAGAUGUCUUUUCCUCUCCUCUUUCUCCUGACCUUGUGGUGUGAUCGUGUUUGGUUGAUUUGGUGAACCAUGCAUCUUCUUCUCUACGCCCAUGUCUUUCUGUGCUGCUUCAGUGUGGCCCAUUCCUUCUGUCCUUCCCAGUGUACCUGUGUUUACCAUGGACGGAGUGAUGGAACGGGGACCAGAUCUGUGCUGUGUGAUGACCCAGACAUGUCCGACAUCCCUGUAAAUGUCCCUGUGGAUACGGUCAAACUGCGGGUGGAGAAGACAGGCGUGAGGCGCAUCCCCACCGAGGCCUUCUACUACCUGAACGACCUGCGCUACCUGUGGAUCACCUACAACUCUAUCUCCUCUGUGGACGCCGCCGCCUUCUACAACCUCAAGGUCCUCCACGAACUGCGGCUGGACGGGAAUCUGAUCUCCACUUUCCCCUGGGAGUCCCUAAAGGAGAUGCCUAGUCUGAGGACGCUGGAUCUUCACAACAACCGCUUAACCAGCGUGGCCAUGGAGGCUAUCCCGUACCUGGUCAACAUCACCUACCUGGAUAUCUCCAGCAACAAGUUGACCACUCUGUCUUCGGACCUCGUGGAUAUCUGGCCGCCGUUCAAUGGAAUGCCUGUCUCCUCCAGCCUGUCCCAGAAAGUGGUGCUCGGUCUUCAGGACAACCCGUGGAUCUGCGACUGCAGGAUCUCCAAGCUGAUCGAGCUCUCCAAAAUGUCUGACACAUCAGUGGUACUAAUGGAUCAGUUCCUGUCUUGCAGUGGGCCUGAGAACCUGGCCGGGGUUAUGUUCCAAAGGGCGGAGCUGGACCAAUGUCUCAAGCCGUCUGUCAUGAUGUCAGCCACCAAGAUUACAGCCUCGUUGGGCAGCAAUGUGCUUCUGCGCUGUGAUGCCACGGGUUACCCCACACCUACCCUAAUCUGGACCACUUCAGAUGGCUCACCUGUCAACAACACAGUUGUCCAGGAGUCUCCGGGAGAAGGUGUCCGAUGGUCAAUCAUCAGCCUAAAUGGGAUCUCGUACAAAGACAACGGGGAGUACAGCUGCAAGGCUAAGAACUUCGCCGGUAAUGCAGAGGCUGCCAUCAGCCUGUCUGUGGCAGGUUAUGUCGCUUCAACCAUGCCCCCACAGAGGUCCAAUGGAGAGACUGGAGGGAGUAGCCCAUCCACAACAUCCUCUGCUCCGGCAACUGACUUCUCCAACUCCCCUAGCACCCUGAUUACCACUACCACCCCAGCCACGACCACACUGCCACCCGUUCCCACCAAGAAGAAACUCAUGCCCAGCAAUGUGCAGCAGAAAGCCCCACCCAAACCAUCCAAGAUCCAGCAAGGCAGCGACAGGAUGCUGGCGGCGGAUCAGAGCAAAAAGAAGGACGCUUCCAAGUCCGUCCAAGAUCUCGAGAUCGUGGAGGAAACGGCGGACAGCGCGGUUCUACUCUGGACGGCAGACGGUUUGCAGAGCGAUGCCCCUCUCACCGUUGUGUACUCUACUUACGACGAUGAGGACGACUCCAAACGGACAAUGGAUACUGAUGCCGGGAGUGGCAAGGUCCUUCUCGAAGGCUUAACUUCUGGAAUGAGGUACCAGGUUUGUCUGGUUGCCAAGGGAAGUGCGGCGGGGAUAGACCCCUGCAUCAACUUCUUCACCCUGGACAUUGUUGAGGACGAUGCCGAGAACCAGCUGCUGAUGCUCAUCAGCGGCAUUGCCUGCACCGUGGCUUUACCUGUCAUCGGUUUGCUGGUCUACAAGAUCCUCUCACUCUACUGCCAGGGCAGUGUGCCAGGUUUGGACGACGAGCUGUCUAAAGACACGUAUUUGAAGUUCGAGACGCUGUCGAUGAAGCAGAGGACCUUGAACGCUAAUCCCAGUGAAUUGUGGGCCCACAGGCAGACCGAGGAGUCCCAAGAGAGGAUGCUCCUCUUCUCCAGGUCCAGCAUUGACUCACAAAUGACAUACAGGAGUGACAGUUCCAGGUCAGAAUUUCUGUGCUAGCACUAGAUGAAGACUACAUGGCAUCACUGAUUGCUGAAGCAUUCAUGUCUUAUUUUUUUAACCACACUUUGAGAUUUGGUUUGUCACAAUACCAGUAUCGCAACAUUCAGAAGUAUCGUGGUAAGAAAAAGUAAACAUGUUCUAAAUGCUUUAGGAAAACAGCCCUAAUACUGGAAACAGACAGCAUCAUGACAACUCAAUUUUAAGAUUGCUGUCUUUGCAGCUCAGCACUUAUUCACAUUUAUUAUCACAUUUAUUCUCAGUUUAAUGCAAUUUUCCAUAAUACCAGAAUGAAAUCAUCUGCCACAGUGUUCAUUAUGUCUUGCUUCUUUGUCACUAUACACCACACCAGGUUUAAACAGACUAGACAUUCAUUGAUCUCAAUAUGGUAUAAAUAGACAUGCCGACUAUCCAACAACACAUUGAUUUAAACUGCUAGCAAUGGUUCACUCAAAAGUCAAACCUUCAAGCUAAUUGUUGCCUUACUUUACUAAAAAGCUUUCUCGAACCCUAGUAUAUUAGAAUAUUUGUCUUGCCCGACAUACAACGCAACAGUUUCUGUGUAACGUAUUGUUUUUACUUGUACAUACAAUGGUAUUGUAUUCUUCUUUUUAAUAAAACAAAUCUUUGUGUAUUUCAUGUCCUCAUAUUUCAUAUAAGCAUUUGGUAUAUAUGGCAGUGUUGGUCAAUGUGAAAUACCCCUUACUGUGCUGUCAUCGGCUCUCUGUACAACAACUCCACUAUUGUCUAUGACGUGUGAUAUUUCCCAAUGUGAUCAUCUCUGGUCUUUAGCCAUGAGGAAUAGGAUUCUGUGCUUUUUCCUCACUUGAGCAACAGGUGUAUUAGUGGUAUAGAUAGCGUUCAAACGUAGCGUUCAAACGUUCAAAAUGAGAUCCGGUGACUGUGCUGGCCACUCCAUUAUAGACAGAAUACCAGCUGACUGCUUCUUCUCUAAAUAGUUCUUGCAUAGUUUGGAGCUGUGCUUUGGAUCAUUGCCUGUUGUAGGAGGAAAUUGGCUUCAAUUAAACACCGUCCACAGGGUAUGACAUGGCAUUGCAAAAUAAAGUGAUAGCCUUCCUCCUUCAAGAUCCCUUUUACCCUGUACAAAUCUCCCACUUUACCACCACCAAAGCACCCUCAGACCAUCACAUUGCCUCCACCAUGCUUGACAGAUGGCGUCAAGCACUCCUCCAGCAUCUUGUCAUUUUUUUCUGCGUCUCACGAUUGUUCUUCUUUCUGAUCCGAACACCUCAAACUUAGAUUCUUCUGUCCAUAUUUUUUUUCUUCCAAUCUUCCAGUGUCUGCGUCCUUUUGCCCAAUUUAAGCUUUUAUUUUUAUUGGCCAGUCUGAGAUAUGGCUUUUUCUUUGCAAGUCUGCCUAGAAGGCCAGCAUCCCAGAGUCGCCUCUUCACUGUUGACGUUGAGACUGGUGUUUUGCAGAUACUAUUUUAUGAAGCUGCAAGUUGAGGACUUGUGAGGUGUGUGUUUCUCAAACUAGACACUCUAAUAUACUUGUCAUCUUGCUCAGUUGUGCACCAGAGCCUCCCACUCCUCUUUCUAUUCUGGUUAGAGCUAGUUUACUCUGUUCUGUGAAGAGAGUAGUGGAGAGCGUUGUAUGAGAUCUUCAGUUUCUUGGCAAUUUCUUGCAUGGAAUAGCCUUCAUUUCUCAGAACAAGAAUAGACUGAUGAGUUUCAGAAGAAAGUUCUUUGUUUCUGGCCAUUUUGAGCCUGUAAUCGAACCCACAAAUGCUGAUGCUCCAGAUACUCAACUAGUCUAAAGAAGGCCAGUUUUAUUGCUUCUUUAAUCAGGACAACAGUUCUCAGCUGUGCUAACGUAAUUGCAAAAGGGUUUUCUAAUGAUCAAUUAGCCUUUUAAAAUUCUAAACUUGGAUUAGCUAACACAACGUUCCAUUAGAACACAGGAGUGAUGUUUGCUGAUCAUUGGUCCCUGUACACCUAUGUAGAUAUUCCAAUAAAAAUCAGCUGUUUCCAGCUACAAUAGUCAUUGUCAACAUUAUCAAUGUCUACACUGUAUUUGUGAUCAAUUUGAUAUUAUUUAAAUGGACAAAAAAUAGCUCUUCUUUAAGAAUCAAGGACAUUUCUAAGUGACCCCAAACUUUUGAACGGUAGUGUAUUUCUCAACAUUUACAACCCUUCCUCUGUCCUCUCCACUUCCACUGUCUCACAGUUGUUACUUAGUGAUUAUGUGGAUGUCUGUGUGUCCACCAACAUGCAUGUGGCUGUGUAUUUGAGCAUGUCAACAUUAGAAUGUAUCUGCUUAUGACCCAUGGGUGUUCCUCUCCUAUCCUUUAGCCCCACUGGCUGGCUGCACAGUGAGAGAGCGGGACCGUAAUCAAUGGGUCAAGGCCUACUGUGUGCCUGAAUAGGCGUUACCAUAAAUCCUGAUAACAUGUGUGGAGCUAGAAAGCCAUUCCCAUGGAUACCCUGGCCUAUGCCACCCUCUGCACUUGUCUGGGCACUAACCGUCAUACCAGCUAUUCCAUUAACAUGACAACAACCAAGUUGUUUGACUAACAGAUGGGUUGAGUUAGUGGGACCUGCUAGUCUUGAGGCCCACCCCCCCCCUUGAACACUUUACUGUGUUAUUACUUCUGCAUUCUGAAGGAUCCGUGUAACAUAUAAUAUUUAUAGGUAAACACUAGUUAUAGUAACACAGUAAUAAGAACCCUAGUUUGUUUGUUACCAUGUCCCACAUACAUACUUAAAAUCUUAGGUAGAUGAUUAAUGUAUGAUUAAUUUGGUCUACAUGUAAACAUUGUUUAGCAUCAGAUUGGGCAUACUAACAAAACAGUGAACAGUGACGCAGUAUUCCAAGGUGCACUCCAUGACAUUUCCCAAUACAUCGUAGUGUUCCGAUGACAACGAGAGUUCAAUAUGUGCAGUAUUUGACCUAGACUGACCUAGACUGACCUAGACUGACCUAGAGUGACCUGGAGUGAUAUAUGUCUUUCAAGUGCUAUCAACAGGGGUGAAAUCGCAGGGCAAAAGCCAUUGAGCAGGCACAUUUCUAACUCAACUCAACUACAGCUGAAGACACUGAGCCCUUCCCAGCCUUGUUAGCCCUCCUACAGAUACUUACAAAGCCACUUGUGACACUGCUGCUAACAAUAUGCUAUAGUCAUCCUGAGUAUGAAUGGUGGUUUGGUUGGUGGAGUCUGAUGAUGGCUCUCCUGAGUAAGCAGAAAACAUGUCUUCCCCACUUUUCCGAGUUCCCCCGUUUACUCAUCCAGCCUGAUUCACUCAGGGAGAGGAAGAUGCUUAUACAGGAUAGAGAGACACACAUACCGGGUACACAUUCUAAUCUGAACACACACACUAUCUGGACAACACGUUACAUGACUGUCUCUGGUGGAGAAAAUGGAGGGAAGUGGAUAACACGUGAUAGAGGAAAAUAUGGUUGAAAUGACUAAUUAUGUAUACAUUCCAAUCAGAAACUGACUAGUCCAAAUGCUAUAAUGUACGGUACAUGUGAGUUAUCCCUCUUGCUCCCUUUCCCAAUUGUAUAUAAUGUAGUCAGGAGUUAGUAACAAUAAUAGGUCUGUUCCUUAGUUCAUUCAGUUGUACAAAUCUCCAGGUGGUGGGAACGGGCCAUCUCCAAAUGGUCGGGAAUGUUGAUUUAUGCUGACUGGCCUUGACUUCGUGCUGAUAACGCGGAGGCUUGAAAGUUAGAGGGGCCCUCUGUUUGUGAAACGGAACGUUUGGAAAACGCUGACGUCAUUUUCAGUUUAUAACCUGUGGAAAUGUGUGUAAGCAUUCAGUACUCUCUGGAAUUAAACGCUCUUUACCUGG